AUGAAUCAUUCGAUUAAUCCUUUCCCCAUCGCCCUUGUCUCGCUGCAACUGGCUGCACGAUUCCCGACAGCAAUUGUAGCUGCCCCAUGCGUCCAUAAGCGUAAGGGUUCUAAAGCGCAAGGGUUCCCAGUGAGCCUGCGAUCUCUUCUGCAAACCAAGAAUCGAGGGCGAAUAUUUCGAGACGCGAGGAGGAUGAAAGGCGAUUCAACAUGGCUUUUCGCCGCUGCCAGGGCGGCAAUUUCGGCGGUUGCGCUCCUGCUUCUGCUCGCCUUCGUGUUCAAUCUGCCGCAGAGCAAUCUCGUCUCCCAACAUCACCGCAGACUUCUUCAAGUUAAUGAAGGUGAUGAUGGUACGGUUACAACGUCAUCGAGUUCUACGGAGCGGAUGGGCGACGCGUGCAGCAUCGACGACAUCGUAGUGCACCAGGGCGCGACGGGGCCACUGCCGAGCGGGAUUCCGACGUACACUGUGUCAGUCCUGAACCUCUGCUCCGUCUCCGGCGGCUGCGCCGUGGGCCACAUCCAUCUCAGCUGCGGUGCCUUCAGCUCGGCCCGGCUUAUCAACCCCCGCGUCUUCCGCCGCCUCCGCAUCAACGACUGCCUCCUCAACGACGGCCUCCCAAUGGCCCCCGGCUCCGUCGUCUCCUUUCAGUACGCCAACUCCUUUUCCUACCCCCUUGCCAUCUCCAACGCCUCGUGCGUGCGCUAGGGUAGGGUGCCCAUGAUCCUGACACCACCACGACGUACGUCUAUAAACAGACAAAAGAACAAGAAGCUUCCAUUUUAAUUCCUCGUCUUCUUCUCCCUCGCCCGACCUUUUUAGCUGUCUCUGAUGCUGACAAGCGUCUACUUUGUUUCCCAACUUUACUGUCUCUACUCGUUUUGGGCCUUUAUUUAGGCCACAGGCAUAGCCGCUUCCUGUGUACAUAGGGAUAUAGUUGAACACAAAGACAGAGAGAAGAACCGUUUUAUAAACAUAAAUCGGUAGUAGUAGUUAAUGAGAAGAAGUUACCUGCAUGUGUAGGAGGAAGGUUUGUCAUUUGAUUUGCUUCAAGAAGACAGUGAAAAGCUACU